AUGGUUAGGGGGCACUUGGUAGACAAACACCCCACACUGCACUGGACAGAGGAGCAUCCAGAGACCCCUACCAGACCACCAAGGAGCCCCAGUCCCCCUCAAUGCCACACCAGACCCAGCGCACCCCACAGGACCCACCCACCACCAGAGCAUCACCACCUCCAUCAGCACAACCAGACUGGACUGGGCCCAGCCUACUACCCCACACCAGACCACCACCUCUACCAGACCAGAGAGGCAGCCCCCCGGCCCAGAUCUGCCCCUCCACGGACCCAACAGCAGGACCAGCGCGGCUACGCGGAGGCCCUCAGAGGACAGGAGAACUCUGUAGGAUUGAGUGAGAUUAAACAGCUCCUUCAGUAUAUCUGCACUAAACGCACACACGCACUCAUGCAAGCACGCACUCAUGCAAGCAAGCAAGCAAGCACGCACGCACGCGCACGCGCACACACAGCUAUUGUACUAAAAGUUCACUUGUUCAAUUAAUAUAAAAAUAAAAAAAGAGAACAAAUGUUUUCUGUUAUCCAUUGUUUAUCUCACUCUUAACUUAGUAGUUACUGUAUUUGACUGUGCUAAUCUUUCUUUUUGCAACAUGAAAUCGCGAUCAGUUAGCAUGUGGAACAUUCAGGGCCUAAACUUGUCAACCUUUGGACUGAAGAGUUUAGCACUGGAGUUUUAAAAAAAUCUGAAAGAUGUUGUCAUCAUUCUGCAUCAUUCUGCAAGAGACAUUGUCACUCACUGUCCCACAGGCUACAGAGAGGUAAUUGUGUCGUUACAGAAACACAGAUCUGUCAAUAGAGGCAGAGACUCUGGAGUGUUGAUAAUUUGGUACAAAUCUGAACUACAAAAUGUAAUUGAUCCCCUCAAAAUUGGUAAAUAUCACAUUUGGUUAAAACUGAAAAAAUAACUUGUACUGACAGAAAAAUAUGUGUUACUUUGUGCAAUAUAUAUCCCCCGCUCAGAAUCCCCAUAUUACUCAGAGGAGACAUUCCCCACCAUUGAGGAAGAGACGUGCUAUUUCCAGGCCCAGGGAAAUGUGUUGAUCUGUGGGGACACAAAUGCGCUCACAGGAACACUAUCUGAUCUAACGACCACACGAGGGGACAGCUUUAUUACAGGCCAUACUGUUUCUGUCUUAAUCUCCCCCAUAGAAACAACAUUUGUUGCAGCUCUGUCAAAGCCUGGGUCUGUAAUUUGUUAAUGGUAGGUUACAGGGGGACUCUUUGGGGGAGAAUCAUCUAUUGUUCACCUCUUGGCCACAGCACAGUAGACUAUAUGAUUACAGACAUUGACCCUUUCUCUCUCAGCUCAUUCACCAUCAAGCCACUAACACCUCUGUCUGACCACAGCCAAAUGACCUUGUUCAUCAAAAGAACAGACUUGGAAACAACCACACAUUCACAGCCCAGUAAGCUGUACAACUUCAGAAAUUCAUACAGAUGGGCCCAAAACAGCACAGAAGAAUACCAGAAAGCAACCAGUAACCAAAAUAUCCAAACACUCUUAGAUAACUUUCUGGAUACCACAUACACUCAUAGUAAAGAAGGCAUCGAUAUAGCAGUAAAACACAUCAACAAUAUUUUCAGGCAAAUGACAAAGAAGCACAACUGAAAUUGAUUAAAAACAAUAACUUGAAAAAAUACAGAUGACCACUGGUUUGAUACAGACUGGAAAAUGAUCAGGAAAAAAAUUUGAACACUAUCAAACCAAAAGCACAAAGACCCAAAUAAUGGUGAAUUACACCUUCAUUACUGUGAUACUUUAAAACUCUAUAAACGUACAAUAACAAUCAAAAACGGACAGUACAACAGCAAGCAACUGACGAUAAUUGGGGAGUCCAUAAACACAAACAACUUCUGGCAAAAUUGUAAAAACCUGUAAAAAUUAGAAACAAGAGGAAUUAGCUAAACAAAAUAGUGGCAUAAGGACAACCCAUUUUAAAACACUCUACAACACCGUUCAAAUUGAUGCAAACGCAGAACAAUGCCAAAUUCAUGAGAAGUUGAACGGAUUAGAAAAAGCUAUAAAGGACAAUCAAAAUCCAUUGGACUCCCCAAUUACUGACCAGGAGCUCUGUGAUGAGUGUGAUGGAAGGAGUCAGGCGCAGGAGGGUAAUCACCGAAUACAGAGUUUAUUCCUUCAUUACACAAAAUACGCUGGAAUAGCGACAAACGAAACAGGCACAGGGGAAACUAUUUACCCUGGCAAUACACUGUAAUGGUAUCUCCAUACAAUACAUAGGCACAGGGGAAAUAUCUACCCUGGCAACAAAAUGGUACGAGUAGCUCCAUCGUGCUCCACUACUCUCACAUUCAAACAAUCACCCACAAGGACAAGGGGGCAGAGGGAACACUUAUUCACAGACUAAUGAGGGGAUUAGAACCAGGUGUGUGUGAUUGACAAGAAAAGACAAAUGUGAUGAUGAUAAUUGGGGCGGCAGUGGUUAGUAAGCCGGUGACGACCAACGCCGAAGCCUGCCAGAACAAGGAGGGGAGGCAGCCUCGGCGGAAGUCGUGACAAGCUCUAUUAGAAACUUCAGGACUACAAAUUGAAAAAGCAUGCGGACCUGAUGGCAUCCUAAAUGAGAUGCUCAAAUUUUCAAUUGGCUAUAUUAAAACUGUUUAAUUUGAGUGUAGGUUAUUUCCCUGACAUCUGGAAUAUGGUACUCAUAACCCCAAUCUUUAAGAACAGAGACAAAUUUGACCCUAACAAUUACAGAGGCAUUUGUGUGAACAGUAACCUGGGGAAGGUUUUCUGUAGUAUUAUAAAUGUAAGAGUUCUAAACUUCCUUAAUAAGCACAAUGUCUUGAGAAAAACCCAAAUUGGAUUUAUACCAAAACAUCGCACGACCGAUCAUAUUUACACCCUACACAACUUGAUAGAGAAACAAGUCCACCAAAAUAAUACCAACAUUUACACUUACUUUAUCGACUUCCAAAAAGCAUUUUAUUAUAUUUGGCAUUCAGGACUGUUCUACAAAGUUAUUAAAAGUGUUGUAGGGGGUUAAACAUAUGACAUAAUUACAUCAAUGCACAGUGGCUUGGGAAAGUAUUCACCCCUCUUGGCAUUUUUCCUAUUGUUGCCUUACAACCUGGAAUUAAAAUUGAUUUUUGGGGGGUUUGUAUCAUUUGAUUUACACAACAUGCCUACCAUUUUGAAGAUGCAAAAUAUAUUUUUUUCUAUUCAAUAUUUUCCCUGUAUUUAGCGCCAUCCAUCAUUCCUUCAAUUCUGACCAGUUUCCCAGCCGAUGAAAAACAUGAUGGUGUUCUUGGGGUGAUGAGAGGUGUUGGGUUUGCGCCAGACAUAGCGUUUUCCUUGAUGGCCAAAAAGCUCACUUUUAGUCUCAUCUGACCAGAGUAACUUCUUCCAUAUGUUUGGGGAGUCUCCCAACGUGUUUGCUUAUUUUUUUCUUUAAGCAAUGGCUUUUUUCUGGCCACUCUUCCGUAAAGCCCAGCUCUGUGGAGUGUACGGCUUAAAGUGGUCCCAUGGACAGAUACUCCAAUCUCUGCUGUGGAGCUUUGCAGCUCCUUCAGGGUUAUCUUUGGUCUCUUUGUUGCCUCUCUGAUUAAUGCCCUCCUUGCCUGGUCCGUGAGUAUUGGUGGGCGGCCCUCUCUUGGCAGGUUUGUUGUGGUGCCAUAUUCUUUAAAUUUUUUUAUAAAGGAUUUAAUGGUGCUCCAUGGGAUGUUCAAAGUUUUGGAUAUUUUUUUUAUAACCCAACACUGAUCUGUACUUCUCCACAACUUUGUCCCUGACCUGUUUGGAGAGUUCCUUGGUCUUCAUGGUGCCGCUUGCUUGGUGGUGCCCCUUGCUUAGUGGUGUUGCAGACUCUGGGGCCUUUCAGAACAGGUGUAUAUAUACUGAGAUCAUGUGACAUAUCAUGUGACACUUAGAUUGCACACAGGUGGACUUUAUUUAACUAAUUAUGUGACUUCUGAAGGUAAUUGGUUGCACCAGAUCUUAUUUAGGGGCUUCAUAGCAAAGGGGGUGAAUACAUAUGCACGCACCACUUUUCCGUAAUGUAAUUUCAUGUAAUGUAGUUAUUUUUUUCAUUUCACUUCACCUAUUUGGACUAUUCUGUGUAUGUCCAUUACAUGAAAUCCAAAUAAAAAUAUAUUUAAAUUACAGGUUGUAAUGCAACAAAAAGGAAAAACACCAAGGGGGAUGAAUACUUUUGACAAUACGUGUAGCAUCAAAAUUGGCAAGAAAAUAACAAAAUGCUUUAACCAUGUCACAUUGUAUAAUGAUACGUAAUAGUUUUUUUUAUUUCUCUACCCAACAUAAGGUACGUCAUGAAAAACGACGGAAUUGAAGCCCAAAACAAACACAUACAAGUGUGUGCAGCGUACAAGAUCUCCUCAGCUCGCCGAUACCACUCGUCCACCUCAGUGGCCUCGGAUGCCAAGGUCGGCUGAUACCCCAACACACGCACUGGAAAGGAGUGAGGUUAGUGGAGGAGUGGCGGAGGGAAUUCUGCGCGUACUCAGCCCAAGGUAGAAAAUCCUCCCACUUCCCCUGCCAGUCCUGACAGUAACACCUCAGGAACCUGCCCACUUCCUGAUUGACCCUCUCCACCUGCCCAUUAGCUUGAGGACGGUACCUGGAAGUGAGGCUGACCGUGACCCCCAGGCGUUCCAUGAAUGCUUUCCAUACGCAUGAGGUGAACUGAGGGCCACGGUCUGACACAAUGUCCUCCGGGAUCCCGUAGUGCCGGAAGACGUGCGUAAAAAGAGACUCCGCGGUUUGCCUGGCCGACGGGAACCCAGGCAGAGGAAGGAGGCAACAAGCUUUGGAAAACCGGUCCACAAAGACAAGAACAUUGGUGUUCCCCUGGGAGGGGGGAAGGUCAGUGACAAAGUCCACCGAGAGGUGAGACCAGGGCACAGAUGGAGCAGGAAGAGAAGUAAACCCGGACGUCCCUAGCCAAGGUGGGCCACCAGUACUUCUCAGUCAGGCAGGCGAUGGUACGGCCUAUUCCAGGAUGACCCGACACAGGCGGCGUGUGCGCCCAGGAAAGGAGGUGGUCCCGCACACCCGUGGGCACGUAGGCGUGGUUCUCCGGGCACUGUGCAGGUGUGGGUUCCGUACGCAGGGCCUGCCGGCAUCCACAUCCCACACCACUGGCGCGAUGAUACGGAACGGAGGGAUGAUGGGGGUCUCCUCUCCCUGCCUCUCCUCUGGGUCAUAGAGGUGAGACAGCACGUCCGCCUUCACGUUCUUCAAGCAUGGCCUAUAGGAAAGCGUGAAUUGGAACCUGGCGAAUAAUAGAGCCCACCUGGCCUGUCUCGGAUUUAGCCUCUUUGCUGCCCUGAUGUACUCCAGGUUGCGGUGGUCCAUCCACACCAGGAAAGGGUGUUUGGACCCCUCCAGCCGGUGCCUCCACGCCUUCAGAGCCAUCUUGACUGCCAAGAGUUCCCGGUCCCCUACGUCGUAGCUCCUCUGGGCAGGGCUCAGCUGCUUGGAGUAGAAGGCACAGGGCCACAGUUUUGGAGGGGUUCCGGUGCGCUGGGAUAGCAUUGUCCCGACUCCUACUUCGGAGGCAUCCACCUCAAUGAUGAAGUGGAGUGAGGGGUCGGGAUGUGCCAGCAUGGGAGCAGUGGUGAAGCGUGCCUUCAGCGUCUCGAACGCCCUCUCCGCCUCCGCCAUCCAACGAAGUCCCAGCAUGUCCCGAAACACUUUGUCAAUAAAGGCCUGGAAGACUGAAGGAGCAUUAGACAGGCCAAAGAGCAUUGCCUCGUGGUCGUGGAAAAGGCCGUUUUCCAUUCAUCGCCUGCACGAAUGUGCACCAGAUUGUAGGAGCUCCUCAAGUCCAGUUUCGUGAAGUACUGCGCCCCGUGCAUUUGUUCAAUGAUGGUUGGGAUGAGGGGUAAAGGAUAGCUGAACUUAACUGUGGCUUUAUUCAGUGUUCGAUAAUUAAUGCAAAGGCGCAAUCCCCCAUCUUUCUUCUUAACAAAAAAUGAGCUUGAGGAGGCUAGUGACGUAGAGGGGGAGAUAAAACCCUGCUGGAGGCUCUCCUGACCAUGGAGGUCUCCUACGUGGAGACCUCCAUGGCCUCGGUCUCCACGUAGGAGAGGGGAUAGACGUGUCCUCUCGGGAGGACUGCGUCUGACAGCAGGUCAAUGGCACAGUCCCAGGGGCGAUGAGGAGGCAGGCGUGUAGCCUGGGUCUUAGAGAAAACCCGGUGCAGAUCCUGGUAUUCCUCCGGUAAAUCCACUUGAGUGGCGUGGUCCGGACUUUCCACCGUAGUGGUGUUGACAGACACUGCGAGACACCUCCCCUGACACUCCUGCGACCAACCCAGCAGUCUCCUCUUGGACCAGGAAAUAACAGGGUAAUGCCAACUCAACCAAGGGAGACCUAAAACAACGGGGUGCGUGGGGGUGUCUAAAAUCAAAAAGGUGAUCUGUUCUAAAUGAGUGUCAUGGGUCAGCAGAGAAACAGGAACAGUGAUGUGAUGUACGAGCCCUGUCCCUGUUGGACGAUUACCCAGGGCUCGAACCGGAAUUGUUGACUGUAGGGGAAACAAAGGAAUGCGUAAUGCAGUGGCCAGUUCCGGAAUCAAUCAGAGCUAACGGGAGUGAGGGGCUAGGGUAUUCAGGGAAUUUAAUGGAAAAACACACUGGUUGAGUUGACAGAAAAGGAGAGGAGAUCUUGCAUCCGACCUGGGUUGGAGCAGGGGAAUUCCCUGGCUUGUUGUCACGUUCGUUGAAUGACGGGUCAGACCAAGGCGCAGCGUGAUAUACGUACAUGUUUAUUUUAACUGAAUAAACACCACGACAAAACCAUAAACGAAACGUGAAAUCCAAGGUAGCACACACAACAUACCUUACAAGGAACAAGAUCCCACAACUAGACAGUGCCAAUAGGCUGCCUAAGUAUGGUCCCCAAUCAGAGACAACGAGCGACAGCUGCCUCUGAUUGGGAACCACACCGGCCAAAAUAGAACUAUACAUACUAGAUCACAAACAUAGAAAACGCACAACAAAGAAUAUACACACCCUGACUCAACAUUUAAGCGUCCCCUGAGUCAGGGCGUGACAGUACCCCCCCCCCCCCCCCCCAAAGGUGCGGACUCCGACCGCACAACAUAAUCAUAACAGGGUAGGGGCCGGGUGGGCAUUCCGCCUCAGAGGCGGAUCCGGCUCGGGGAGUGAUGACCUCUCAAUCUCCGCCUCCCUGUUGCGCCCCUGGUCUGGUCUGGACCUCGGCGCGCUGCUUCCCCUCUCCUUCCUCCCACGAUACGCCAGGCCCUGUCUGGACCCUGGUGUGGGAGACCCCGAACCUGGAGAGGGGCUGACGUCAUGGUCUGGACUGGAGCCGCUGACCGGAGCUGGACUGCUCUGGCUCCGGAGUGGAGUCGCUGACCGGAGCUGCAUCAGGCAUCGGUGGAGCGGACUGCUCUGGCUCCGGAGUGGAGCAGCUGACCGGAGCUGGAUCAGGCACCGGUGGAGCGGACUGCUCUGACUCCGGAGUGGAGCAGCUGACCGGUGCCGGACCAGGCACCGGUGGAACAGGCACGGGCCGUGCCGGACUGGACAAACGCACCACUGGUCUGGUGCGAGGAGCAGGCACAGGCCGGACCGGACUAGGAACACGCACCACUGGCUUGGUGCGAGGGGCAGGAACGGGCCGGGCCGGACUGGCGACGCGCACCACUGGCUUGGUGCGAGGAGCAGGCACAGGCCGGGCCGGGCUGGCGACGCGCAUCACUGGCUUGGUGCGAGGAGCAGGAAUAGGCCGGGCCGGGCUGGCGACGCGCACCACUGGCUUGGUGCGAGGAGCAGGCACAGGCCGGGCCGGGCUGGCGACGCGCACCACUGGCUUGGUGCGAGGAGCAGGAACAGGUCGGGCCGGACUGGCGACGCGCACCACUGGCUUGGUGCGAGGAGCAGGAACGGGCCGGACCGGACUGUGAAGGCGGACUGGAGGUCUGGAGCGGAGAGCUGGCACAACCCGUCCUGGCUGGCUGGCCACUUUCGCUACAAGAAACGUCUGACCUCUGUGAUUGCCAACAAGGGUUUUGCCACCAAGUACUAAGUCAUGUUUUGCAGAGGGGUCAAAUACUUAUUUCCCUCAUUAAAAUGAAAAUCAAUUUAUAACAUUUUUGACAUGCGUUUUUCUGGAUUAUUUUGUUGUUAUUCUGUCUCUCACUGUUCAAAUAAACCUACCAUUAAAAUCAUAGACUGAUCAAGUCUUUGUCAGUGGGCAAACGUACAAAAUCAGCAGGGGAUCAAAUACUUUUUUCCCUCACUGUACGCCUUCGGGGAGUUUCAAUGCUUCUCUCUCGUCCUCUAGCUCCAGUUUAACAAACAGAUACCUCGGAAAAAAGUCAGUUGGUUGUGAGUAAACAGUGGGAGGGAGAGAGCAUGCGCAGAGAAGUGCAACUAGAAACUAAUGAGACCGAUUGUUUGACCACAAGUGAGAGUUGUUUGAUAUUUUUUAAUCUUGUUUCGCUAUUGCAGAAAUGUGGUAAGAGGUUAAUGGGAAAUGGUGGCGGGUAGUGCGGACAAAAUGGAAGAAAUUGAGAAAACGUUGGUGAAGCAACAGCUGUGCUGGAAUGCGAACAAUAUGGGUGUCAGUUCUGAUGGUAUGGAGUGGGAGGAUGAGGGUCAAGGACCGGAAUGGUCGGUAGUGGAAAUACAUAUGAAGAACAGAGAUCAUGAUACAGAAAGCAGUGGAGAAAGCAUAAAGAGGGCCAAGGUAGGAAGCAAGAGUAAUGAUGGGUUGGAGUGGAAAGUGAUGAUAGUGUUUGAUGAGACCACUCACUUACACCCUAUCUGACUAACUAAUGCCAUAGAGAAAAAGGUAGGUGAAGUGAAAUUAGCUUGCUUCAUUGGAAAUGGUAGAUUGUUAAUAUUGUGUGGUAGCCAGGCUCAGCAAGGGAAGAUUUUGAAAAUUGAAAAACUUAAUGGGAUGAAGAUUAAAAGCCAUGUACCUGAUGCUUAUGCUAUGUUAAGGGGAGUCAUCAUUGGGGUCCCAAUAUCUAUGUCCACAGAUGAUAUUAAAGAAAAUGUGAAGGGAGGCAGAGUGAUUGAGACCAAAAGUCUGGUCAGUAGGAAAGAGGGUCAAAGAAGUGAAAGCUUAUCAGCGAUGCUGAGGUUUGAGAAAGUCUUGCCAGGAAAAGUUAGGGAUUUAUUUGGUUUAGAAUUGUAUUUUCAUGGUAGUACAGAAUUGGGCAGAUCAUGAUUGAUCGUACAUUCCAGCACAGUAUGUGGCAGCAUGCACUUAAACGAUUGUUUGCGGGCCGCCAUGAUAUCAUAGAAGAAGAAGAAGAAGAAGAAGAAGAAGAAGAAGAAGACGCGUGGCUUCACAACAUUGUCAUAUUUGAAGAAAAUGGCGGAAAAAAUGCAGCCGAAGUCCGACGAGAGCAGAUACAAAUUCAUUGCUUUAACAAAUUAUGACAAAUGUUAAGAAAAUGUUGAGCAGACCACCAUAGUCCCUGUGCCCAAGAACACUAAGAUAACCUGCCUAAAUGACUACCGACCCGUAGCACUCACGUCUGUAGCUAUGAAGUGCUUUGAAAGGCUGGUCAUGGCUCACAUCAACACCAUUAUCCCAGAAACCCUAGACCCACUCCAAUUUGCAUACCGCCCCAACAGAUCCACAGAUGAUGCAAUCUCUAUUAAACUCCACACUGCCCUUUCCCACCUGGACAAGAGGAACACCUACGUGAGAAUGCUAUUCAUUGACUACAGCUCAGCGUUCAACACCAUAGUGCCCUCAAAGCUCAUCACUAAGCUAAGGACCCUGGGACGAAACACCUCCCUCUGCAACUGGAUCCUGGACUUCCUGAAGGGCCGCCCCCAGGUGGUAAGGGUAGGUAACAACACAUCUGCCAAGCUGAUCCUCAACAAGGGGGCCCCUCAGGAGUGCGUGCUCAGUCCCCUCCUGUACUCCCUGUUCACCCAUGACUGCAUGGCCAGGCACGACUCCAACACCAUCAUUACGUUUGCCGACAACAUAACAGUGGUAGGCCUGAUAACCGACAACGACGAGACAGCCUAUAGGGAGGAGGUCAGAGACCUGGCCGUGUGGUGCCAAGAUAACAACCUCUCCCUCAACGUGAUCAAGACAAAGGAGAUGAUUGUGGGCGCAGUGGUCUAAGGCACUGCAUUGCAGUGCUAGCUGUGCCACUAGAGAUCCUGGUUCGAAUCCAGGCUCUGUCAUAGCCGGCCGCGACUGGGAGACCCAUGGGGCGGCGCACAACUGACCCAGCGUCGUCCAGGGUAGGGGAGGGAAUGGCCGGCAGGGAUGUAGCUCAGUUGGUAGAACAUGGCGUUUGCAACGCCAGGGUUGUGGGUUUGUUUCCCACGGGGGGCCAGUAUGAAAAAUAAAAAUAAUUAAUAAAAAUAAUGUAUGCACUCACUAACUGUAAGUCGCUCUGGAUAAGAGCGUCUGCUACAUGACUAAAAUGUAAAUGUAAAACAUUUUUAAAAAGAGGACUGAGCACGCCCCCAUUCUCAUCAACGGGGCUGUAGUGGAACAGGUUGAGAGCUUCAAGUUCCUUGGUGUCCACAUCACCAACAAACUAUCAUGGUCCAAACACACCAAGACAGUCGUGAAGAGGGCACGACAAAGCCUAUUCCCCCUCAGGAGACUGAAAAGAUUUGGCAUGGGUCCUCAGAUCCUCAAAAAGUUCUACAGCUGCACCAUCGAGAGCAUCCUGACUGGUUGCAUCACCACCUGGUAUGGCAACCGCUUGGCCUCCAACCGCAAGGCACUACAGAGGGUAGUGCGUACGGCCCAGUACAUCACUGGGGCCAAGCUUUCUGCCAUCCAGGACCUCUAUACCAGGCGGUGUCAGAGGAAGGCCCUAAAAAUUGUCAAAGACUCCAGCCACCCUAGUCAUAGACUGUUCUCUCUGCUACCGCAUGGCAAGCGGUACCGGAGCGCCAAGUCUAGGUCCAAAAGGCUUCUUAACAGCUUCUACCCCCAAGCCAUAAGACUCCUGAACAGCUAAUCAUGGCUACCCGGACUAUUUGCAUUGCCCCCCCACCCCACCCCAUCCUCCUCUUUUACGCUGCUGCUACCAUGUUUAUUAUUUAUGCAUAGUCACUUUGACUCUACCCACAUGUACAUAUUAUCUCAAUUACCUCGACUAACCGGUGCCCCGCACAUUGACUCUGUACCGGUACCCCCUGUAUAUAGCCUCCCUCCUGUUAAUUUAUUUUACUCCUGCUCUUUAAUUAUUUGCUCUUUUUAAUUUUUUACUUAUCUACAGUGGGGAGAACAAGUAUUUGAUACACUGCCGAUUUUGCAGGUUUUCCUACUUACAAAGCAUGUAGAGGUCUGUAAUUUUUAUCAUAGGUACACUUCAACUGUGAGAGACGGAAUCUAAAACAAAAACCCAGAAAAUCACAUUGUAUGAUUUUUAAGUAAUUAAUUUGCAUUUUAUUGCAUGACAUAAGUAUUUGAUCACCUACCAACCAGUAAGAAUUCCGGCUCUCACAGACCUGUUAGUUUUUCUUUAAGAAGCCCUCCUGUUCUCCACUCAUUACCUGUAUUAACUGCACCUGUUUGAACUCAUUACAUGUAUAAAAAACACCUAUCCACACACUCAAUCAAACAGACUCCAACCUCUCCACAAUGGCCAAGACCAGAGAGCUGUGUAAGGACAUCAGGGAUAAAAUUGUAGACCUGCACAAGGCUGGGAUGGGCUACAGGACAAUAGGCAAGCAGCUUGUUGAGAAGGCAACAACUGUUGGCGCAAUUAUUAGAAAAUGGAAGAAGUUCAAGAUGACGGUCAAUCACCCUCGGUCUGGGGCUCCAUGCAAGAUCUCACCUCGUGGGGCAUCAAUGAUCAUGAGGAAGGUGAGGGAUCAGCCCAGAACUACACGGCAGGACCUGGUCAAUGACCUGACGAGAGCUGGGACCACAGUUUCAAAGAAAACCAUUAGUAACACACUACGCCGUCAUGGAUUAAAAUCCUGCAGCGCACGCAAGGUCCCCCUGCUCAAGCCAGCGCAUGUCCAGGCCCAUCUGAAGUUUGCCAAUGACCAUCUGGAUGAUCCAGAGGAGGAAUGGGAGAAGGUCAUGUGGUCUGAUGAGACAGAAAAUGAGCUUUUUGGUCUAGACUCCACUCGCCGUGUUUGGAGGAAGAAGAAGGAUGAGUACAACCCCAAGAACACCAUCCCAUCCGUGAAGCAUGGAGGUGAAAACAUCAUUAUUUGGGGAUGCUUUUCUGCAAAGGGGACAGGACGACUGCACCGUAUUGAGGGGAGGAUGGAUGGGGCCAUGUAUCGCGAGAUCUUGGCCAACAACCUCCUUCCCUCAGUAAGAGCAUUGAAGAUGGGUCGUGGCUGGGUCUUCCAGCAUGACAACGACCCGAAACACACAGCCAGGGCAACUAAGGAGUGGCUCCAUAAGAAGCAUCUCAAGGUCCUGGAGUGGCCUAGCCAGUCUCCAGACCUGAACCCAAUAGAACAUCUUUGGGAGGGAGCUGAAAGUCCGUAUUGCCCAGCGACAGCCCCGAAACCUGAAGGAUAUGGAGAAGGUCUGUAUGGAGGAGUGGGCCAAAAUCCCUGCUGCAGUGUGUGCAAACCUGGUCAAGACCUACAGGAAACGUAUGAUCUGUACCAAAUUUCUGUACCAAAUAUUAAGUUCUGCUUUUCUGAUGUAUCAAAUACUUAUGUCAUGCAAUAAAAUGCAAAUUAAUUACAUAAAAAUCAUACAAUGUGAUUUUCUGGAUUUUUGUUUUAGAUUCCGUCUCUCACAGUUGAAGUGUACCUAUGAUAAAAAUUACAGACCACUACAUGCUUUGUAAGUAGGAAAGCCUGCAAAAUCGGCAGUGUAUCAAAUACUUGUUCUCCCCACUGUAUUUUUUACUUAACACUUUUUUUCUUUUCUUAAAAACGGCAUUGUUGGUUAAGGGCUUGUAAGUAAGCAUUUCACUUUAAUGUCUACACCUGUUGUAUUCGGCGCAUGUGUCAAAUAAAAUUUGAUUUGAUUUGAUUUCAUUCUGGCUAUCUACUCCGAUUUCAGAGCGCUCAUCUCGUCUGAGUGUGCCAGAGCGCAGAAUAACUGAUGAAUUUACGAACAUUCAACACCCGUUGAAUAUGGCCGGUGUCAGUAAACGUUGGCAAAAAAACCUGUAAUGAAAUUGUUGCCAGCCGCACAGUUACAGUCACCAAUGCUCUGGAUAACAUGAAAACAGCUUAACCAGCUCUGCUAGGGCGAGUAAAAUGGUCAGAGUGAGGUGUUCUCUCAUUUGUGUCUGGAAGUAGCUAGCCAACGUUAGCCAGUUAGCUUGGGUACUUGACUGCCGUUGUGAGGUCAGAACGCUCCGAUCAACCCUUCUCCUCAGCCAGAGCGUCCAGUGUGCGCUCUUGAGCGCUCCAAGAGUGAAACGCUCUGAAUUUACGAAUGGACAAUCUGACAACGCUCUGGAAUUACGAACGCCCAGAGCACACUCUGACACUCCAGAUUUAAUUUACGAACACACCCGAAAUCGUAAAAUGUCUAGCUAGUCAUUUGGUAUGCUAACAAGCUAGCAAGGCGAAGCGCUAGUACGCUCAACAGAAAGGAUACCGUUCGUUUACAGUAUACUAAAAUUAACUAAUAGUUUGUAGUAUAUACUCAUUAAGUUUGUAGUAUACAGUAUGUUAGUAUGGGUAUUCAAACACAGUUUAGCACUCAGUGCAGUGCGCACAGGGAGCAGGGUGACAUUGGAUGAAUAUGAGUCAUGACAUUUUUUUAUAUAAUUCAAUGGAUGUUUUGUGAACAAAGGUGAUGACUAAAGUGUCUUAUUAGACAUUUUCUAAUCUGACUCCUCUAUGGGGCCGACUGCAUAAAUUGUCUUUCUGGGCAGGAUGUCAGUUAAACUGCAGUACUGAAGCAAGACUGUAGGUGCAGUCGAAACCAUACUUCCAGACCGGAACCCUGUCCCUUUGGUAAUAAGUAGUAACGCGCAUGCCCCGCCCACCCGAGGAUCUCUUAGUUUCAGUCAUAUAUUUUCUGUGUUUGAGGGGUGCAAAAUCCACUUCUCACUUAAAUCUCGCUGGGUUGAUUGCUUUCAUUUUACUCUGGUGACUCUUUCCCACUCUUGCCUGUGCCAUUCACUUUUUCCCGUUAACGUAACGACCGCGGAAACGUUUGUAAAGACCUGUCAAACACACUCCAGUAAUGGCUAAAAUGGGCUCAAUGGAAUGCAUUGGCUUUCUAUAAGAACGCUUCGUCUGGGAUUUAACACAGUCUCGACAGUUACAUCAGAAGAAAGAUAACUAUAUUUUGAUGGGUGUUGACAGGGUUGCCGUGUCCGUAGUUUUGUAGCAAAUUGGGCUACUUUCAAACAAUGUCGUGGGUGAAAAUGUAUUGGUCGUGGAUUGCAGGUUUUUCCACCGCGGCCGCCAUGGCAUUUUUCUUUAAAAAUAUAUUUCACUGUGACUUGCUGCUGACUGUCAGGCAGUGAGGCAGGCUGUUGCUGAGUGAGUGAGUGAGUGGUGUUGAGGGCCGGAGAGGUGUGUGUUUGUUGAGAGAGCACUACAGCAGGCAGCUUAAGGGGUCAGCAUGCUUCAGUUUGGCUGGCGCCUAGCUGAACUUGGCUGGAGGAACCGAACAAGUGUGAUGGUAUACUCCCUUAAUAUACCUUCCCUUGAAAAACAAGAAAAAAGCGGCAAUAGUUUGUCCAUUUUGAGACACGUAGCCAGCAGUGGCGGCUCCUGAAAAAAUUCUCAGGGGGGGCAAUUUUUCUGAUGAUUUAGGUGACCUACACACAUUUUUUAAAAGAUAUGUCCAGCAACAACAUGAAGACAGGGGCAGCAUAUAAGUCAAUACUGAUAUACACAUUACUUGCUUCAAAAAGGCCUCAUGGUUGAAUUGGAAAUAUGUGCACCUGAGCAUAAUUCACAACAAGCAAGCAGGAGCUUUAGAUAGAGGCUACUGAAAACAUUGAUGCAAGUUAUUGGUAAUAAGACAUUUUUAUAGACUUCCAUAUUCUGCCCUCUUGUAUAGAUUUGUGAAAAUGAACAGUGAUAGACAUUUUGCCUGAAAACAGAAUUUGAAAAUAAUUUAUAGAAAAGGUAAACACAGCUAUCUGUAUGGCUUUGUAAAAAUGAACAACCAUAUUCUGGCCAAUUGUAUAGAUUUGUAAAUAUGAACAACCAUAUUCUGGCCAAUUGUAUAGAUUUGUAAAAAUGAACAUGAACAGAUAUUUUUUUUUUUUUUACUUUUUUUAAAAUGAAAAAUAACUAUUUUAAACAACAUCAACUGUGAACUGAUUUGGGCGUGUGUGUGUUAAAGAGACAGACAGGGAGGGACAAAGAGAGAGAGAGGCUACAUUACUUGUACUGAAACUGUUCUAGCUUGCUGCAUGAUCAAAUUCAGCUGAUGCGCAUAGCAAUGCACGUAAUGGGCAUUCUUGAAAUGCUCACGCACCUUUUGCUGCACACCAGCCUUCUCUCACCUCAUCACACUGGCUCCAUCGUAAGCUUGCGCAAUGAGUUUGACUUUCUCGUCGUCGGCAAAAAGACCGUUCAGUCUCUCCAAAAGCACACUGGCGAUUGAGACUGAGGUUGAUUCCGAGAUGGGAAGGAACUCAAAAAAGCGCUCCUGCACUUUGUGGUUGCUAUCUAUGUACCUCAGCACAAGCACCAGCUGUGUCUGUGUAGAAACGUCCGUGGUCUCGUCAGCUUGGAUAGCUACGAAGUUCGCCGACUUCACCUCCUCCACAAUAUGUUCCCUCAUGACCGCUAGCAUACACUCCAGUAGCUCGUUUUGAAUGGUCUUUGAUGUGCCCUUGAAAACUUUAGCAUUUUUAAGAUGGUCAUCAAACACCUCAUCUAAUUGUGCCACAAAGUUGACAAGUCCAAGAAAAAUACCAGGGUUGGUGGAGCCCUCAGUUUCAUCUUUGCCUCGCAAAGCUAGCCAUCUUGACAGUUGUACGUGAAUUGAUUGACGCUGCUACCCGCUCUUUUCUUAGUUAUGUUCAUGGUUACUUAAGUUACGUAUGACGAAAGCGCGUAAGUGCAAGCCCUCCCGGAACCCAUAGAGAUUGUAUUGAAAGCUCUGAUAUUUGAAAAAAUAUAUAUUUUACAUGAUAGUCUACGAGAGACUCCUGGGCGAUUUUCAACCUGACUGAAAUCGCCCCAAAAGGGGCGGGGCCAUUUGAAGCACGACUUUAGCCUGAUUAGACAUUUAGUGGCAGAUCAGACGUCUAGAUUAGAACACUGAAAACUACUGUUGCCGUGAUAUAAUUGAUUAGAAAAAAAAUCCCUUCCUUUUCCCGUUUGGCAGUGCGUCGCCCAUAUCGCCCUAAUGAACACACCGCCCCUGGUAGCCAGUAUACACUUCCUCAAAAUAAUCAGAAUUAAUCUAAGAUAACUCAAGAAAUCUGUCAUUAAUUUUGACGUUUUUUCCGAAGAGACCUUAGUCGCGCAAUUUUACAUCUAACUAAGAUGUUUGGUGCACCAUUUUUCAAUGAAAAAAUAUGCAUUAAACAAGUCAUCUCUAGUUGAAUGACAACAAAGACUUUAUUAAAGAAUCCCUACUGUUGACCAAUAACCGACGAAAGAGCGUAGACUUCAGCUCCGAACUUCGGCAUGCCUCCAGAAAAAAAUGUGGUGUGUCCGAACAGUCAGAAAAACCCUCACCGAAGUCCAAAACGAAUAAAAACGUCACAAAAUGUUAUAAUAUAUGCAUGAACUCUACCAAACUGUUUCAGCUGGGAAGCAUGAAAAAUACUGCACCAAACAUCUUAGUUAGAUGUAAAAUUGCGCGACUAAGAUAUCUUCGCCAAAAUUAAUGACAGAUUUCUUGAGUUAUUUUAAGAUUAAUUCUGACUAUUUUGAGGAAGUGUAUACUGACUACAGCGUCUCAAAAUAGACAAACAGUACUAUUGCUCGUUUUUCAAGUGAAGGUCUUUUAAGGGAGUAUGUGAUAUUCGGUUGGCUAGUUCGGCUAGGUGCCAGCCGAACUGAAGCAUGCUGAAGCCUUUAGUCCACUAUUGGCUGAGUCACGUGAUCGAGAGGAGACAGCAACACUCGCGCAUGUCGUGACAAGUUUUUACCAGUUGUAGGUAGGCUAUUUAGAUUGUCAUUAUCAGUGUUGCCAACUUAGCGACUUUGUCGCUAUAUUUAGCGAGUUUUUAGACCCCUCUAGCGACACAUUUUCAAAAAAGCGACUAGCGACAAAUCUAGCGACUUUUUCUGGCAAUCACCAUGCUGUCACAGACGCUAUAAUGGCACAGAUACAAAGUCCUCUAUCUAUCUCUAUGGGAGAAUCUCAAUUGCAUACCCCUCGAGUCCUCUCUCCUCACUCCCCCCCCCGCCUUCUUCUCAAAACCCAUUGUAGGAAAAAGUCAGAGGGGAGUGACCUCUGGCUCACCCAAUGGGUUUUGAGGAGGUGAGGAGAGAGGACGAGAGGAGUAUGCUAUUUAGAUUUGUUAAUAACGGGAUAUGAGAAGGGAGAGCCGGUCAAUGAUCGAUUCAGACUAGGUGGUAAAUUGUAUGACAAGCGGCAGUUUAUUCAGAGUAAAAAUGUCUGGUACAAAACGUGCACGGUCUCGUUCUUUCAGCUCAUAGGGAACCUCCAGAAAAAGCGCCAAAAAACAGUACACUGGUGUUUUAUACUAUUUGUAAAGUGGGUUGAGUCUAGCAGAUCUGGUCUUCUGGUUGGUCCAUGCUGCUCGGGCGUCGUCCUCUGUGAUUGGGUCUAGGAGAUUUACACACUGUAGCUCAGGGCCUUUGUUCCGAAUGUUUCAGCAAAGUAGGAGAUUUGGUGUGUGCGUUUAGUCAUCUCUUAUCUUGAGUGAGUCUGUGUGUGUGAGUGCAUUUGUGGCAAGAGUGUGUGUGUGGUCAACACUUGUCUUGGAAAAAGGAAUUAGUUAUAGCAAUGUAAUAGCAAUAAGCUAUUUAUAAAAAUAGCAUUUCUUACAGAUUCUCCCAUAGUGUGUGUUGGAGUUGGUUGGAGCAGCAGCAGACUGGGUAUAAAGACUGGGCAUAACGGGAUUGCGGGAGGCUUACAGUUCUUUCCUAGUGCAGGGCGGAGGAUGGAGGACAGGGACGUGGCCUUGCUGUGACCCCAGCACCUGCAGUCUAGCACCAGGUGGUUCCCUAUUCUCAAAGUCCCUCUUGGUUGUCAGCAAUAAGUCAAUGGCAACAUUAUAAACAUGAGAUCAACGCUCAUAUAAAUUAACCAGAGGCAUUAGCUAUUGGAACCUCUUAUUUCCUUUAAGUGAUAAAUAAACAAAUUCAUUCAACAUCAUUUUGAUCAACCAGCAACCAGCUUAUACAUUUUUCAUCAACCGACAAUCAGAGCUUCUCAGAGAGCUUCUCCAAACAAUAAGUCAAAUGGCAACAUUACAAACAUGUCAGAGCUCAUAGAAAGAAAAUGAUUAUUGAUCUCAGUGUGUCAGUAUCCUCCAGAAACCUGUUACUAAACCAGAGAGAGAGAGAGAGAAGCCCUUUACAUAAGGAACGGCCACAGAUGUUUCUGGACCAUGCUUGACUGUCUCCAAAUGUUUCCCAUCAGAGCAGCCAGGUGGGCAGACAGAGCAGAGCAGUGGUGAAUGAAAACACUUCUUCCUGCCUGACUGUCUAAGGCUGAACCCUCUCCCGUCCUCUACUCCCCUCCCCCCUCCUUUCCUCUCCUCCUCUUCCCCUCUUCUCCGCUCUCCUCCCCUCUCCUACACCUCCCUCCUCUCCUCUGCUCUCCUCUCCCCCUCUCCUCUGCUCUCUUCUCAUGUGUUCUCUCCUCUGCUCCUGCCUCCUCUCCUCUCCUCUCCUCCCCUCUCCUCCUCCCCUCCUCUAGUCUCCUCUCCUGUCCUCCCCUCCCCUUCCCUCUCAUCCUAUCCUCUCACACUCAACAGUAAUCUGCAGACAACAACCAGAGUAAGAGGGUUGCUGUUGAGUCAUUCUACCAUGUCAAGAAAGGUCAGACCAAGUUCAAAAUAACAGCAGCAAUUUUUCAGGGAGAAUACUUAGGGCUCGAUUCAAUCCAUAUCGUGGAAGUUCAGCGUUGUAGCGCAAUUACAUUUUUAAAGGUCAUUUCCGAUUGAGCCGACAUAUGCAGCGUUUACCGUGAAUGCAGUCUCAGCGAACGUGGGAACAUUACCUUUAAAUUUCAAUCGUGCUAUAGCGCUGAACUUCCGUGAUACGGAUUGAAUCUAGCCCUUAGAUAGAAUAAUUUUCUCUCAGUUAGAUGCUCAUUCAUAUUCAUAUUCAGAUUUGAUUAAUGUAGCCCUUACCAUGAAUUUUAUGUACAACUAAUUGUUGUACUGGUACUACAAAACGAAGGCUAUGUGACAUCACUGUCAUUAAUGAAAAGGCAAAGAAAUCACAUUGUAUCAGUGGGACCACUUGUUGCAGAUUUACUACCAUUUAGUACCAGAGAGCAUUUAUACUGAACAGGAAAUGGAGGAGACAUCAAUCGGACUCUCUGAUCCCCAGAGCUGGACAGACAAGGGAUGCGUCCCAAAUGGCACCCUAUUCCUUACAUAGUGCAUUUCUUUUGACCAAAGCCUUAUGGGCCCUGUUCAAAAGUUGUGCACUAUAUAGGGAAUAGGGUGCCAUUUGGGAUGCAGUCAAAAUGUUGACCUAGCUGCCUAAAGUCUAAUCCUGUAUUGUUUGUCCAGCGGGUUUAAGUGGUCAAUGAAUGUUUCCUCUGCCAUUUUGUGCUGUGAGUCCGUCCUCCGCAGAUACCCCUCUGAGAUACAAUCUGCGUACCAAAUGGCACCCCAUUCCUUGCUCUACUUUUGAACAGGGCCCAUAGGGGAAUGGGAAAUAGGGUGCCAUUUGGGACGUAGAUGCAGUGAACCAUCCUGCUCUGGAGACCGUGCUGAGGAUGAAAUAGCUUUCUGAAUGUCCUUGAUCUUCACACAGUCUCUUACCAGCAGGAGAUGGGCACAGGAGGCAGUGAAUGAAGGGGGGAGGGUGUGUGUGUGUGUGCGUGUGUGUGGGUACAGUGUGUAUAUAACCUUUUUAUAUAUCACUAAGACAAAUUUACUCAUAGCCUCAGAAGGCUUCUAAUGUACGAAACUAAGUCUCUCAUGACCCAGUCUUGACACUCAUUUGGGUCUGGGUGCCGAGAUUAGUGUGCGUGUGUGUGCGCGCCCUGGUCAAAAGUAGUGCACUAUAAAGGGAAUAGAGUGCCAUUUGGGUCACACUCGUAUUCAUCCAGUCUACACAAGAGACCAGCGUGAUGACUGAUGAACACUCUUGCAAAUCUUCACACAGGAACAAUCGGUCCGUGUCAUCACAAAUAAAAGCAAAUGCAUUCAAUGGAAAUCAAUUUCUUCAAAUAUGGUUUAUCAGAGGUGUUGGGAAGCAUUAAAAAUAGAAAAAUACACAACGAGGUCAAAAGAGCAGAAUAAUGAAGAAUCUCCCAAUUAACAGUAAAGUCUGCUACAGAACUCAGACAUCAUCAUUCUGUGGUCACAAAUGAAAACAAAUUCAUUCAUUAGAUGUUAAUUCAUUAUUCAACUAUGGUUUAUUAGAGGUGUUGGGAUGCUGCAAAAGUAGAAAAUCCAAAAUGAUAAUCAGAACUCGAGGCAUCAGACAUGCAUCAGACAUCAUCCAAUUAACAGGGAAGAACUGAUCACAAUUCUCAUUUGUUGAUUUCUCAAGGUCAAAUACAACAGAGUUGGUGUCAGAGGGGCUUGAAGGUACAGUGCCUUGCAAAAGUAUUCAUCCCCCUUUGGCGUUUUUCCUAUUUUGUUGCAUUACAACCUGUAAUUUAAAUUGAUUUUUAUUUGGAUUCCAUGUAAUGGACAUAAACAAAAUAGUCAAAAUUGAUGAAGUGAAAUGAAAAAAAUUACUUGUUACAAAGAAGUCUAAAAAAUAAAUAACGGAAAAGUGGUGCGUGCAUAUGUAUUCACCCACUUUGCUAUGAAGCCCCUAAAUAAGAUCUGGUACAACCAAUUACCUUCAGAAGUCACAUAAUUAGUUAAAUAAAGUCCACCUGUGUGCAAUCUAAGUGUCACAUGAUCUCAGUAUAUAUACACCUGUUCUGAAAGGCCCCAGAGUCUGCAACACCACUAAGCAAGGGGCACCACCAAGCAAGCGGCACCGCGAAGACCAAGGAGCUCUCCAAACAGGUCAGGGACAAAAUUGUGGAGAAGUACAGAUCAGGGUUGGGUUAUAAAAAAUAUCAGAAACUUUGAACAUCCCACGGAGCACCAUUAAGUCCAUUAUUAAAAAAUGGAAAGAAUAUGGCACCACAAACCUGCCAAGAGAGGGCCGCCCACCAAAACUCACGGACCAGGCAAGGAGGGCAUUAAUCAGAGGUAACAAAGACACCAAAGACAACCCUGACGGAGCUGCAAAGCUCCACAGCGGAGAUUGUAGUAUCUGUCCAUAGGACCUCUUUAAGCCAUACACUCCACAGAGCUGGGCUUUACGGCAGAGUGGCCAGAAAAAUGCCAUUGCUUAAAGAAAGAAAUAAGCAAACACGUUUGGUGUUUCUGUGAUGUAUCGGAUUGUUUGUUGAUUUUCAUGUUGUAUGUAACAGAGACUGUGAAAACAAUCUUGCUCUAUGAGAACAAUAUAAUGUAUCUGUCUAAAGACAACAUGGCUUUCAUGUUCCCCAUUCACUCAGUCAGCUAGGGUUUUGACUAGAUGGAAUACAGCUCUGAUGGAAUACAGCAACCCCACUCCACCAUCACCACCUCCUCCACCUCCUGCCCAACUCCUCCUCCUCUCCUCCACGUCCUUCUCCACCUCCUCAUCCUCCUCCUCCAUGUACAGAUGCUUCAACCAAUAUGGUAUAUUCUGCAAAAGCCAUCAUCAUCAUCAUCAUCAUCAUCAUCAUCAUCAUCAACAUAUAG